GCCCGCCCGGCCUGCCCUCCGCUCCCGGCCCCGAGGUGCCCACCGCCCGUCCUCCGCGCUCCCGCGCUCCGUUCCGCCCAGGCCGCGCCCAGCUGGAAUGCAGAGAUCGCCGCCCGGCUACGGCGCACAGGACGACCCGCCAGCCCGCCGCGACUGUGCAUGGGCCCCGGGACCCGGCGCCGCCGCUGAGCCGCGCGGCCUCCCCGCCGCCCCCGCCGCGCCCGCCGCGCCCCCCGCGCCGCCCAGCCCGCCGCGAAGCCCGCCGCGAAGCCCCGAGGCGGGGCGCUAUGGCCUCAGCCCGCCCGGCCGCGGGGAGCGCCCGGCCCCCGACGAGUCGCGCAUCCGGCGGCCCAUGAACGCCUUCAUGGUGUGGGCGAGGGACGAACGCAAGCGGCUGGCGCAGCAGAACCCGGACCUGCACAACGCGGUGCUCAGCAAGAUGCUGGGCAAGGCGUGGAAGGAGCUGAGCGCGGCGGCGAAGCGGCCCUUCGUGGAGGAGGCGGAGCGCCUGCGGGUGCAGCACCUGCGCGACCACCCCGACUACAAGUACCGGCCGCGCCGCAAGAAGCAGGCGCGCAAAGCCCGGCGGCUGGAGCCCGGCCUCCUCCUCCCCGGCCUGGCGCCGCCGCCGCCACCGCCGCCCGAGCCCUUCCCCCCGGCGCCCGGCCCGGCCCGGGCUUUCCGCGAGCUGCCCCCUCCGGGCGCCGGGUCCGACGGCUUGGGGCUGCCCACGCCCGAGCGCUCGCCGCUGGACGGCCUGGAGCCCGGCGAAGCCGCCUUCUUCCCGCCGCCCGCGGCGUCCGAGGACUGCGCGCUGCGGACCUUCCGCGCGCCCUACGCCCCCGCCGAGUUGCCCCGGGACCCCGGCGGGUGCUACGGGGCGCCGCUGACCGAGGCGCUCAGGACCGCGCCCGCCUCCGCCGCGCCGCUCCCCGGCCUCUACUACGGCGCCCUGGGCGCGCCCGGCUCGGGCCCGUACCCAGGCCCGCUGUCGCCGCCGCCCGAGGCCCCGCCGCUGGAGGGCCCCGAGCCGCUGGGGCCCGCCGCCGACCUGUGGGCCGACGUGGACCUCACCGAGUUCGACCAGUACCUCAACUGCAGCCGGACUCGGCCCGACGCCGCCGGGCUCCCGUACCACGUGGCGCUGGCCAAGCUGGGCCCCCGCGCCAUGUCCUGCCCGGAGGAGAGCAGCCUGAUAGCGGCGCUGUCCGACGCCAGCAGCGCCGUCUACUACAGCGCGUGCAUCUCCGGCUAGAAUUUGAGGCUAAAUGCAACCGUCCCGUACGAACCGGUGACGCCCUGCAAACGUGGUUUCCCCGUGUCCCGGGCUUUUCGAAGGAAGCCCAGGCGCAGGACCGGUUGGCUGGCCCUGCCAGGGUUAAGUUUUUGAAGUGCCUAAUCCUUUAACUGCAGUGUAUCUUCUAGAACCAGGCUGUAUUUUUUACUUUGCCUUUUUUUUAUAUAUGUAAUACAAUAUAUUUAAUUUUUAAUUAAACUUUAAAACUUUUUC